GCUGAUGACCAUACGGUGAAAAAAGUCAUUUUCAUUUUCCCGAAUUUGUGGCUUUUAGCGUGACUUUAAGCAAUAUUCGACUUGUGGUUAAACGUACUUUAUUUGUGACUUGUGCCGGUUUUCUUUUUUAAUUUUAAAUAAGAUUACUGUAUUUUGAACCCAAAUCCGUGUGUGUUACAAAACACAACCUGGAAACGCGAUGUCCAGAAGCAGCGCUGAGCGUCUUUCCGACGUAGUGGCCGAAGCCCUCCGGGCGUACCAGGACAGCUUCGAGGGGCGUCCAGCUGUGGCAGUCUGUGCUCCCGGACGGGUCAAUUUAAUUGGAGAGCACACCGAUUACAAUCAAGGAUUUGUUCUACCAAUGGCUUUACCACUGGUGACAGUAAUGGUGGGCAGCAAAACCUCUGGCCAAAGUUGCUCUGUUGCAACCACUGCAGAAGGUGCAGAUGAUCCCAAGAAGGUGGACUUUGAUCUACCAACAGACAGUGCACCUCUGACAAAAGGGGAGCCAGCCUGGGCCAAUUAUCUUAAAGGAGUGGUGCAGCACUACCGAGCACACCCCUUGCCUGCAUUUAAAGCUGUAAUUGCCAGCAACGUGCCUCUGGGGGGUGGACUGUCCAGCUCAGCUUCACUUGAAGUGGCUGUGUACACUUUCCUCCAGCAGUUGUGUCCAGAUGAUGGGGAUAAAGUAGCAAAGGCAGUAGCCUGCCAGCAGGCAGAGCAUACUCACGCUGGGAUGCCCUGUGGGAUAAUGGACCAGUUUGUUUCAGUACUAGGCAAGGAGGGCCAUGCACUGCUUAUUGACUGCAGAUCUUUGGAUGCCACUGCUGUUCCUAUGGCUGAUCCUGGUGUGGUCAUCCUCAUCACCAAUUCCAAUGUGAGGCACUCACUAACAGGAAGUGAAUAUCCCAGCAGACGAAAACAGUGUGAAAAGGCAGCAGCCAUUUUGGGCAAGAGCAGUCUAAGAGAUGCCACAGUGCAAGAUUUAGAAGAUGCCAAAGAGAAAUUGGACAGCACCACGUAUCGACGAGCACGCCAUGUUAUUGAGGAGAUUAAGCGCACAGCACAGGCAGCUGAGGUGCUUAGGAGAGGGGCUUAUCAAGAGUUUGGAAAGCUAAUGGUGGAAAGCCACAAUUCCCUCAGAGACCUUUACGAGGUCAGCUGCCCAGAGUUAGAUGUGCUGGUAACUGCAGCAGUGGAAGUUGAUGGAGUCUUUGGAAGUAGAAUGACGGGGGGAGGAUUUGGUGGAUGUACAGUUACACUGCUCCAGGCUGAGGCCGCAGAGAGAACUAUAAAGCACAUAAAGGAAAGAUAUCGUGGAUGCCCCACCUUUUACAUAACUACACCAUCAGAAGGUGCUCGGGUUCUCAGUGUGUAAGAAUCGGUACUGAAAUUAACAUUCUGAUAGCUCAGCUUGUGUAGUUGUCAACUGAUUUCUUCUGAUUUUAUUAACAAUGAAUUUCAUCCUAAUCCAAACAUCUGUAUAGGAAGCAUACUGGUUAAAAUGGCUUUUCUCAAUCAAAAUAACAUUUUCUGUUUGGUAGUUAAAGUGACAAAAGAACAUGCAGAAUUAGAACACGUUUUUCAAAUAAAGCACACUUGUUCUAGUUA